AAUUUAUGCAUGUUUUAACUGACGCGUAAUUUCACGCGUAAUAUUCAUUGGGUCACAAAGGAUUUUAGUCUAUAGUGCAGCUGACAGUUACCACAUGCUAACCUGAGCGAAAGCGUAAUCAUUGUAUUACUUUAUUAUAUCUGCUAACCUGAAUUGAAAUUAAUGUAGAUCGUGAGGACCCGGCAAAGAAGACAUGGUUCUGUUUAAUUGUUUUCUAUUAGCAACAGUCUUGUUGCAUUCAACAAUGUCAACAUCAACUGCACUUUCCUAUGACGUCAAUGGAUGUUUUUCAUCCCUUCAAGGAAGAAUUACCAUCAGAAACUUUGGACGCUACAAUUCCAACUACAAAUGUCAAUUUUGGUGCAAAUCUCAGGAAUUCAUAAUUGCAGCAACAAAAGGAAAUCUGUGCUCUUGCGGAAAUGUCUAUCCUGAAGGGAAAAAUGUCAAUGACUCUUUUUGCAAAACUUCAUGUCGAUCAUGGUCGACUUGUCACAGUCCUAGAAGUUGCUGUGGUGGUCGAAAUGCAUAUUCUGUUAGCGUUGUUGGCGACAUCAACGUGGCAAAACUUGUUCUUCAAAGAUUGUCUAUGAAAUGGCAGAACAACACAGCUUACAGAACAGAUAUGGAAGGUCUCGUUCAAAAGCCUACUCAUCGACAACAUUACGAUAACUGGGGAAGUAGCUUUGAUUCAAGAGGAUGGUCAACAUGUGGACAUGGAAGAUACAUGACUGGAAUGUACAGAAACACAAGCACCAAGUCUGAUCCAAUUUAUAAAAUAGAACAAGUAGACUGUUAUGAUGCUCCUGAAUAUCUAUAUUCCUCUUCAAAAGAUCGCGAUUGUUAUCAUCAUGAUUGGGGGGUGGAAUUCGACAGGAAGGGUUGGGUGUAUUGUAAUAAUGGUUAUUACAUGGCUGGGCUCUACAGAUCAUCCGGAAAUACAUUGUCCAAUAUUGAAAAAGCUUUAUGCUGUCGGCCUAAAACGCAAGUAAAACAGUGGGGACACUGCCAGCAAAAGGACGUCGGACGAUCAUUUGACUUUAGAGGAUGGAGUCGUUGUCCAUCAAAUUAUUACAUGACUGGCUUGUAUAGAAAUAAAUGUAACAAUUUGUUCUGCCUUGAAAACUACUACUGCUGUAAAAUGGGAAAAUACGUUGGCCCAAUGCUGGCAGUAAGAUUGAAAGAUAAAAACGGGAACUUAAAAAAAUGCUCCAUAAAUCCAAUGGACAAAUCAAUGACAGCCAGCACUUUUAAAUGCAUCACUUUAUCAGAUUCUUCAAAUGUGAAAACGUUAAAAUUAAACGCAAAAAACUUCAAUCUAAAAAAUAAGACGCCAAACAAUGCUUUUAAACUUCAGUCAGUUCCCUAUUUUUAUCCAGUUGUUUGCUCACGCUUCAAGGUAAGAUAUGAUUGUCAAAAACAGCUUUUGAUAUCAACAACUGAAUCAUACACCCUUUCCACCAUUGUUGGAGCCUCUUCAGCGGUAGCACUUGGUACAGCGUUUAAAGUAUCUGGUGAAGAAAUUUCCCUUCCAGAGAUAAAAACUAUAUUUUUUGCACAAAUAUCUAAAGCACAAUCUUUGAGUACGGGAGCAAUAAAUACAACAGAAAAAACAGUUACAGAUGAAACAGUAGUCACAGUUCAUGUUCCACCAAAUGAGGAAAUUACAAUUAACCUCGUGAAAUCUGUUCAAGAUCUGACAUACCAUUGGAAAGCAGAGUUUGAACUUGAUGGGCUGUACUCCAUCGAGUGGAACAAGUCUGGUCUGGAAUCAUUUCAAGCUGUGAAUACUGUAUUAUCAGGCCCCAAAGAAAGAAUUAUUGCUUUUGGCACUUGGAAAUAUUCACACACUGGCUUCAUUAAAGUAAUGAUCACAGAUAAAUAUGGAAGACAGAAAAUGGGAUGUGAGCACAAAGCAGGCAAUGUAAAACAAUGCCAGUUGUAAGAGUGAACGACGUUUAUUUGAGGAUGACUUUGGUCCGUUUUGUAUUAAUUUGCGUAAAGUUUUUAAAAAAUUAUAGUAAUCUGAGUUAAUGAUUUAAAAUAUUUACAUGAAUUUAAGGUUGAAAAGUAAAUAGUAAAAGUAAAUAAACUUAUCAAAUAGCUUUAUAUCAA